UCUCUCUCUCUCUCUCUCUCUCUUUCUCUCUUUCCUCUUGUCUUCUAUUCGUUCUAGGGUUUCAAUUCCAGCUACCUUGUGGUUCACAUAAAAUAACCCCCAUUAUGAUUUUAAAAUCACACAUCCUAGCAUUACUCUGAUUAUUCCAUUGCGUUUCAAAUUCAUUUCUGUGCUGCGUGUAUGGCUUCGGGUUUAGAUUUAGGUUCAUCCAACCCUUUUCUUCACCACCUCCAGAGGCCUGACCUCCACCUCCAGAACCCACCAGAUUCUGAUGACAAUGACCCCAACACCCCAACCCACUACUCUGGCAACAGCAGCAACCUCGACCUCGUGUUGCCGACCUCGGGGCCAGGCGACGUGGUCACCCGCCGGCCCCGCGGGAGGCCGCCGGGCUCCAAGAACAAGCUGAAGCCGCCGGUGAUCAUCACCCGGGAGAGUGCCAACACGCUCCGGGCCCACAUCCUGGAGAUAGGCAGCGGCCACGACGUGUUCGAGUCCGUGGCAGUGUACGCGAGGAGGCGGCAGCAGGGGAUCUGUGUCCUCAGCGGGGCCGGCAUGGUCACGGACGUGAGCCUCCGUCAGCCGGCGGCGGCCGGCUCGGUGGUGGCGACCCUGCACGGCCGGUUUGAGAUCCUGUCCCUGUCGGGGUCCUUCCUGCCGCCGCCGGCCCCGCCGGGGGCGACCAGCCUUACGGUGUUCCUGGCGGGGCCGCAGGGCCAGGUGGUCGGGGGGAACGUUGUGGGGGCGCUGAUGGCCUCCGGGCCGGUCAUCGUGAUCGCGUCUUCUUUCACGAACGUUGCUUACGAGAGGCUGCCUUUGGAGGAGGAGGAGGUGAAUCCGAUGCAGCAAGGGGGCGGCGGCGGCGGAGUCAACAACAACCAGUUCCCAGAUCCUUCAUCAGGUUUGCCAUUCCUCAAUCUUCCACACAACAUGACUCAUCAGUUAGCAAUUGAUGGGUGGGGUGAAAAUGCAGCUGCAAGGCAGGGUUAUAAUUGACCCACAUGAAAAUUAGAUUAACUAGAUUUGUUGUAAUCCCCACUUGGUGUCUGUAUGACAUAUUCUCUCUCUCUCUCUCUCUCUCUCUCUCUCUCUCUCUCUCUCUCUCUCUCUCUCUCUCUCUCUCUUCCUGGUGUUCUUUUGUUCAUUCUUGUAAGUUUGAUCUUGGAGAUGUGUGAGGAAAGACUUGGGCUAUGUUUUUGGAGUUUAAUCCCCUAAUUUGGACUCUCCAUCAUCAGCUGAAAUUGACAUUGAAUGGGUUCAACUCUAGACCAAAUUUGCAGCGUUU